AAAUAAGUAACAUUGCAUCUUCUGCUAUAAAUAGGAACAAAAUGGCGCACUGGUUUCACAGAAACCCAAUCAAGGCUUCUGCUCCUGUUACGUUUGAGUCGAUUCGAAACGUGGCAACUAAUUCUACGUCGUCGAAGAUGCUCUCAGAAUUGAAGAUGGCAAGGGCAAAGCUCUUAAAUUCCUUGACAGAUCCUUCAAAUGAUCCUAAAUCAAUCCAACAGGCCACUGAGCUUUACUUGUCACUUCUUCAUGGUCUUGUGAAUGAUCCAGCCCAAGGCUCAGGUGACAGCAAGCUUCGUAAACUAGUCAUGUUCAAGUGGACAAACUCAAUUUGUGGAAAUACUCCAACUUGUGCUGCUGACAGUGCCUUUGAGUUGACAUCCAUCUCCUUGAAUGUCGCCAUCUGGUAUACAAAGUAUGCAGCAAAACAAGCUGCUAAGGGAGAGGUAUCCAUGGAUGAAGCAAAGGAAGUCCACACAUGCCUUAGAACUGCAGGAGGAAUGUUCAAGUUUGUCAAGGAAAGCCUGAUGCCACGCCUGGGUGAGUUAUCAGCUGAAAAGGGUGCUGAUACUGAUCAGCGAGUGGUGGAGGCUUAUCAGAUGCAGUGUAUUGCUGAAGCACAAGAAGUUACUGUGGCACGAGCAGUGGAGCUCAAACAUAAAGCUUCUCUUAUCUCUGCACUGACUAAUGAGACUUCAAAACUGUUCACAGCAGCAAGUGAUUCUCUGAAAUCAGUGGAGCCAACAAAAGCCGCUAAAUGGAAGAAAUACCUUGAUCUGAAAGCUGCCUUUUAUCAGUCUUAUGCAUACUGCUUUUGUGGAGAAACACUUCUUGAUGAAGAUCAGUGUGGAAAAGCAAUUCGAGCUCUACAAGAGAGUGAUAAAUUGUACAAGAAGGCAGAAGCAAUUUCCCAUGAGUACUCCAGCACUAAUGGGCCCGGAACAACAGCCAGACCAUGGCAACAUCCAUUUUUCCUGAAACUUGGACCUAUCAUUCGAAAGAAGCUGGAGAAGGCCAACCAUGAGAAUGGAUUCAUUUAUUUCCACAAGGUCCCUGCCGAGCCACCCGAACUUGAAGUAAAGGCAACGCAUGGCCUAGCAAGUCCUCAGGAGUUCACGAUGCCUGCUCCACACGCCUCAUGGUCAGGAGAUACAUAUGCUGGAUUUGACGCGUCCAAAGCUCACCCCCCUCCGGCUUCCCAAGCUGCGUCAGGUGAUGUGAAACCAGUUCCAGAGCCCGAAGAUUCAAGUCCUGUAAAACCAGCUAACAGUUCGUCUGGAUGUGUUGUAUCUUAGUGAAGAAGUCUCUGUUGAACGUUUCAUGCCAGAUUUAGCUUGAUUUUGCUAUAGUGUAAAAAGUCGAAGAAUGAAAAAUCCAGGAGUCAAAAAUUUGAUAACGAAGCUAGAGUCGCUCUCGGCUAUCGCCUCGCGCGACUCUUGCGCUUGUUUCGUGCUUAGCAACCUCCCACGUACAUC